AUGUAUAAGAUGUGUCACGAACCAAUCAACAUCUCUCCGGCAGAGUCCGGGAUUACAUUCCCUGAAUUAGACCACCUCCCCUUGACGAGACGGCGGAGUUUGUUGCAAUCCAGUGAAAGUGUCUCUCAACGUAUCACUGCUUCUGUCCCUGCAUCGAAUGUUGAUAGUGUCGUCAAAAGGGAAGAAGAUUGCAUCAGUGAGACGUGUGUAGUGUCAAAUUCUGGUACUUCGGAAUGUACAAGAAUUAGUUGCAGUCAAGGUCUAGAUGAUUCUGUAAUCCUAAGACCACAGAACAACACUGUAGCAUGUUGUAGUAAUGCCGAAGAGAGUUCCAACAGAGUUGAACAAAUCAAAGAAACCGCAGGAAAUGAUUCUCUGGAACACCUCACACUGAAAGAGCGGCGCAAAAUGCUUCUAGAAAGGAUGGCUUUAAGGUCUCCAGAAACCAACUUAGAGGAUAAUACUAAAGACUGCGGUGAAACCGAACUUUAUGAUAUAAAAGCAGAGAUUUCAUGCGAAAAUGAGAUAGCUUCAUCUUCUGGGAUCCGAUUCAGUGGCUUUCUAAAGAACAUCGAUUCUUAUCUCUUUAAGAAAGUUAGUAUAGGUUCAGAAUGUGGAAGUCAGCUUAAUGGAAUUCAAGAGAGUGAUAUUCCGCGUGACAGUAGAGAUUAUGAACACUCUGGUUAUGCAGAUGCAGCAGAGAAGCCGAGAAAUAGUUGA